AUGCUCUUCUUCUUGGCCAAAAUGUUAGCAUUCCCAAGGAAUGAAGAAUUUUGUUUCCUUUGGAUUGCUUGUGUUUUCAUCUCUGCAUGGGUUCAGCAAGGAACGGAAGCCUUUCGGUGUGGCAAUGGAUUGUCCUUGCCUCCUGACAACGUGUGUGACUUCACGGAUCAGUGUGGGGACAAGAGUGAUGAACAGCAAUGCUCCAAUUAUGAAAGAUGUGAUUUCGAGAAUGGGCUCUGUAGUAUGACACAAGAUCAGGUUCUGCAACUUGGUUGGACAAGGAGAAAUGGGAUGACUGGUGUCUCACCUCCAUUUUAUGAUCACAGCGGCAAUACGUCUGCCCACUUCCUCUCACUGGUCUCCAAAGGGAAUUCUACUUCCUCAGACUUAAGAAGCAGAAUCUUUCUUCCGACAAAUAACCAACAUGCUUGUCAGAUUACAUUUUAUUACUUCUCCAGCCAAGUGAGUAACAAGUUAGUGGCUGGCCUUCAAACUACACGUGGUGGUCCCAUUCAGCAUUUAUGGCAAAACACAGCUGGGCUCUGCAAUCAGUGGGAGAGAAAUGUCAUGAACAUCCAGAGCAACCAGAAAUUUCAGGUUGUUUUUCAAGGUCAAAUAAUUUCAACUCCUGAACAGGAUGAAGUCAUAGCUAUUGACGAUAUAUCUUUCAGUUCAGGCUGCUUGCCUGCAAAUGAUGAAAUUUUACCCUGUCCAGAAACAUUGAACACAGAGCAGGAGCAGUGCCAUCUAGAUACAAGUCUCUGCAGUUUUGAUUCUACAGAUGAAGGACUGAGGGUGUAUCAGAUCUGUGGAUUUGAAUUUGAUAUGCAUGACUGGGCAUCCGAAACAUCUGCUGGGCAAAUUUCCUGGAUGCACUCAAAAGCAAGAGAAAUUCCUGCAUUAGAAUCUAGACCUCAGCAGGAUCAAAGGAGUGAUGAAGGUUACUAUAUCUGGUUAAGAGCUACGGAUGCUUCUACUCUUAACCAUUUAGACAGCAAAGCUUAUUUAAAUAGCUCUCUGUGUCACUGCCUGGGCAAGAGCUGCCAUCUUCAAUUCUAUUAUUCCAUGGAAAACAGUGUUCUGAGAGUAGGACUAUACAAUAAUAAGGAAGAAGUAUUCUGGAUAUACAAUACAUCAACAGACAGAAAAUGGGCGAAAGCAGAGGUGUUAAUACCAGAAAGCCUGAAGACGUUUAAGAUUAUAUUUGAAGGCACUCUUCUGAGCCAGAAAGGUUUUAUUGGGCUGGAUCAGCUCUGGGUCUGUGCCUGUGCACUUGCCCCACCCAGAAGGCUUUGCCCUAAGGAUGAGUUCACUUGUGCCAGUGGCCAAUGCAUUUCCCAAGAAUUGGUCUGUGACUCUCAGCCGGACUGUUCUGAUGACAGUGAUGAAGACCCAACAACUUGCUCAAAUCCCCUCACGUGUGACUUUGAAUCUGGGUUCUGCGGUUGGGAGCCAUUGCUCACAGAAGAUUCGCAAUGGGAAAUCAUGAAAGGAUUGGCCAGUGGAGAGAGCCACCUUCCCGAUGAUGAUCAUACAGCAAACACAAGUCAUGGCUCAUUCAUUUAUUUCUGGUCCCAUCAAUCUCCAAGAGUGGCCAAGCUUGGAAGUCCUGUUCUUACAAAAGCCCUCACUGCCUCUACCCCAUGUCAGGUGCGAUUUUGGUAUCGUUUGUCCCGGCAUUCACAUCUCUCGGUUUUUACAAGAACCUCCCUGGAUGGGGAUUUGCAAAAGCAAGGUGAUCUCAUUGGAAUCUCCAAAUUUCAGUGGACACAAGCAAAAAUCAAUCUCCUUGUGAAGGCUGGAGAAUCUACUCUACCUUUUCAGUUGAUUUUGGAAGCUACUGUUUUAUCAUCAAAUGCUACUGUUGCUCUAGAUGACAUCAGUAUAUCCCAAGAAUGUGAAAUUUCCAAUAAGUCACUUCCAGGUACCAGCAUACUAAAGAAAAGUUCCAGAUGCGACUUUGAAGCAAAUAGCUGUGGUUGGUUUGAAGCAAUUAGUGGUGACAAUUUUGACUGGGUAUGGAACUCUAGAAGUAACCUUUCCACUGAAUUUGAGCAACAGGCCCCACUUUGGGAUCAUACUCACAACACAGCUCAAGGGCAUUUUAUGUUCAUUCUGAAGAAAAGCAGAAGCUUGUCACAAGUUGCCAAACUCCGGAGCCCAACCUUUAGCCAGGCGGGACCUGGAUGCACGCUUUCCUUCUGGUUUUAUAACUACGGUCUGUCAGUGGGGGCCGCUGAGCUCCAGCUACACGUGGAAAAUUCCAGUGACCCCACCGUACUCUGGAGAGUAUUAUAUAACCAGGGCAACCAGUGGUCACAGGCGACUGUUCAGCUUGGACGCCUCACUCAGCCCUUCCAUUUGUCGCUAGAUAAAGUCAGUCUUGGCAUUUAUGAUGGAGUCUCCGCAAUUGAUGACAUCAGAUUUGAAAAUUGUACUCUUCCGCUUCCUGUGGACAGCUGCGAAGAGCCAGAUUUCUUCUGGUGUCGAGGCAGCAAAGCUUGCGUAGAGAAGCUUCUGUUAUGUGAUCUGGUAGAUGAUUGCGGUGAUCACACUGAUGAGGAUGACUGUGUACCUGAACUCCAGUGUAACUUUGAAAAUGGAAUUUGUAACUGGGAACAAGAUACAGAAGAUGACUUUGAUUGGACCAGGAAGUGCGGUCCAACUUCGACACUUAAUACAGGGCCCAUGAAGGAUAACACUUUGGGCACAGCUAAAGGACACUAUCUCUACAUAGAAUCUUCGGAGCCACAGGUUUUCCAAAACAGAGCUGCUUUACUCAGCCCUGUCCUCAACGCCACCAGUACAGAGGGCUGCACCUUCCGCUUCUAUUACCACAUGUUUGGAAAGCACAUUUACAGGCUGGCCAUCUACCAGAGAGUCUGGAGUAACACAAGAGGACAGCUGCUGUGGCAGAUAUUUGGGAAUCAAGGCAACAGAUGGAUAAGGAAACACCUCAGUGUUUCCAGCAGGCAGCCUUUUCAGGUUUUGGUGGAGGCUUCAGUAGGAGAUGGCUUCACUGGAGACAUUGCUGUCGAUGAUUUGUCAUUCAUGGACUGUACCCUCUACCCUGGUACUUUGCCAGUGGACCUUCCAACUCCACCAGAAGUGUCAGCUCCAGUAACGUUGCCUCCACACAACUGUACAGACGAUGAAUUUGUUUGCAGGUCCGAUGGUCACUGUGUUGAAAAAAUCCAGAAAUGUGACUUUAGAAAUGAUUGUUCCGACCAGUCAGAUGAAUCAUUCUGUGCUACGAAAGUUUGCAGCUUUGAAAAAGGCAGCCUGUGUCAUUGGUACCAGCCAAUCCCAGAAGACCUAAUUCAAGAUUCAAACACAUUCAGAUGGGGACUUGGUAAUGGAAUCAGUAUUCAUCAUGGGGAAGAAAAUCACAGGCCACUGGUGGAUCAUACAACAAAUACCACAAAUGGCUGGUACCUGUAUGCUGAUAGCUCAAAUGGAAAAUUUGGUGACAUGGCUGAUCUACUCACUCCUGUUAUUUCACGCACGGGACCAAGGUGCACCCUGUUGUUCUGGACUCAUAUGAAUGGUGUCACAGUGGGUUCUCUCCAGGUACUCAGCAAGAAAGACAAUGUUACUUCUAAAUUGUGGGCUCAAAGAGGACAGCAAGGUGCACAGUGGAAGAAAGUAGAAGUGUUUCUAGGCGUUCAGUCACAUAUACAGAUUGUCUUUAGGGCAAAGCGUGGUAUCAGUUACAUGGGAGACGUAGCAGUGGACGAUAUUUCCUUUCAAGAUUGUGCCCCCCUACUUAGCCCAGACAGGAAGUGUACUGCUCAAGAAUUCACGUGUGCCAACAAGCAAUGCAUUGCAAAGGACAAGCUGUGUGAUUUUGUGAAUGACUGCGCUGAUAAUUCAGAUGAGUCUCCUUUCAUUUGCAGUACCUCCAGUGGGUGCUGUGAUUUUGAAUUUGACCUCUGUUCUUGGGAGCAGGAGCAGGAUGAUGACUUUGACUGGAAUCUGAAAGCUAGCAGCCUCCCUGCUGUAGGCACAGAGCCAGCAGCUGAUCACACCUUAGGAAACUCCUCUGGUCAUUACAUCUUCAUAAAGAGCUUGUUCCCUCAGCAGCCCAUGAGGGCUGCCAGAAUUUCCAGUCCAGUCAUCAGCAGAAGAAGCAAAAAUUGCAAGAUCAUUUUUCAUUAUCACAUGUAUGGAAAUGGCAUCGGGGCACUCACCUUGAUCCAGGUGUCAGUAUCCAACCAAACAAAGGUCCUACUUAACCUCACUGUAGAACAAGGCAAUUUCUGGCAGCGGAAGGAACUAUCAUUGUCUGGCGAUGAGGACUUCCAACUUCAAUUUGAAGGAAGGGUUGGUGAAGGACACCAUGGUGAUAUUGCCCUAGAUGACAUUGUGCUUACAAAGAGCUGUCUGUCACCUCACCGCUCUGUGACAGGAGACCUCCCGGAGCCUCUUCCAACAGGUUCCUGCCCCCGUGGCUAUCGGGAAUGUCAAAAUGGCAAAUGUUAUAAACCAGAGCAAAUCUGUAAUUUUGUAGAUGACUGUGGAGAUGACACGGAUGAAAAUGAAUGUGGUACCUCCUGUACUUUUGAGAAAGGCUGGUGUGGCUGGCAAAACUCCCUGGCUGAAAACUCUGAUUGGGCUUUGGGAGUUGGCUCUCAUCAGAGCCUACGACCUCCCGAGGACCACACACUUGGAAACAAAAACGGGCACUUCUUGUACCUGGAGGCCACUCCGGUGGUCCUUCGGGGCGAAGAAGCACACCUCAGGAGUGCUGUGUGGCAAGAAUCCAGCACUGCCUGCACCCUAAGCUUCUGGUAUUUCAUAUCUGCAAAAGCAACAGGCUCCAUUCAGGUCCUCAUUAAGACAGAGAAAGGACUGUCAAAAGUAUGGCAAGAACCUGAGCAGAACUCUGGUGAGCAUUGGCAAAAGGCUGCCAUCCUGCUAGGAAAACUAAGGAAUUUCGAAGUCAUAUUCCAAGGCAUCAGAACCAGGGAUCUGGGAGGAGGAGUGGCAGUUGAUGACAUUGAAUUUAAAGACUGCAUGACUGUGGGAGAGACUUCUGAGAGUUGCCCGGAAGCCACUGAUUUUUUGUGCCACAACAAGAAGUGUGUUGCGUCCUACCUUGUCUGUGACUAUAAGCCAGACUGCCCUGAUGGGUCUGAUGAGGCUCACUGUGGCCAUUAUACAAGCACACCAGGAAGUUGCAAUUUUGAAAUAACUUCAGGAAACUGGACCACAGCCUGCAGUCUUACUCAGGACUCUGAAGAUGACUUGGAUUGGGCCAUUGGCACCAGAAUUCCUACUGAAGCAUUGAGCCCAGACUUGGAUCAUACCCCAGGGAGCGGCCGGCACUUCCUAUAUGUCAGCUCAUCUGGACACAAAGAAGGACACAUGGCAAGAAUCUCUACUUCCCAGUACUUUCCAGCAAGUCUCGGAAUAUGUGCUGUUCGGUUCUGGUUCUACAUGGUUGAUCCCAGGAGUAUGGGGAUAUUAAAGGUAUAUACCAUUGAGGAAUCUGGACUAAACAUCCUUGUGUGGUCAGUGAUUGGAAGUAAAAGAACUGGUUGGAUGUAUGGACAUGUUCCUCUCUCCAGUACUAGUGCAUUUAAAGUGGCAUUUGAAGCUGAUUUGGCUGGAAAUGAGGACAUCUUUAUUGCCCUUGAUGACAUCAUUUUCACCCCAGAAUGUGUCUUUGGAGGUCCUGUGGCACCCCGGCCAUCACCCUGUGAAGCCAAUCAAUUUUCUUGUAUCUACACACUCCAGUGUGUCCCUCUCUCGGGGAAAUGUAAUGGUCAGGAAGAUUGCAUAGAUGGCUCUGAUGAAAUGGAUUGUUCUCUCAGCCCCACUCCUCAGCGCUGUGGUAAAAUGGAGUUCCAGUGCUCGAGCGACGAGUGUAUCCCAUCCCUCCUGCUAUGCGAUGGAGUGCCCGACUGUCACUUUAAUGAAGAUGAAUCCAGCUGCUCCAACGGGAGCUGUUCUGAUGGUGCGUUGACGUGCACUUCCUCUAACAGCUGUAUCCCACUUCACAAGCGCUGUGAUGGUUUGGUCGACUGCAUGGAUUUCCAGCUUGAUGAGUCCAGCUGCACAGAGUGCCCAUUGGGUUACUGCAGAAAUGGUGGGAAUUGUGUAGUGGAGAAGAACGGCCCUGUGUGUCGAUGUGGACAAGGAUGGAAAGGAAAUCGAUGCCACAUCAAGGUUAACCCUUCCCCUGCAGAUUUCACAUACACUCAGAAUAAUAUAUGGACUUUCCUGGGCAUUGGAUUAGCUUUCCUGAUGAUUCAUAUUAUAGUCGCAGUUGUGUGUUUUCUUGCAAACAGAAAAGUACCAGUCAGGAAAACUAAAGGAAGUGUUAACUGUGCAUUUGUUAAUCCGGUUUAUGGGAACUGGAGUAACCCAGAGAAAACAGAGAGUUCUGUAUACUCCUUCUCAUAUCCAUUAUAUGGCACAACAUCAGGAUGCCUGGAGACCAUAUCUAAUCAUCUGAAAUAGUACCAUCCAAAUCCAGUAUGAUCUAGGGUAUGUAGUUUAUAGAAAAUCCUACUCUGAAACCUGAUAGAAACUCAUCUUAUGCAAUAGUAAAAAUAGAAGGAGUUCAGAAUACUAGUGCAAUUAUUACAUUUACAAAUAAAUUUUCUUACUGAAUAUAUUAGAUGUUUUCAUGGAAUCUGAAUCAGAACUUAUAUUCUUUGUGUAUCUGAAUAUUUUAAUAAAAUGUUCUACUUGA